UUGAUGUGUUUGGUGAAAUAUAGCAGUUUGAACUUUAUAAAGAAUUUAUAUUUCUUUAGCAUUUCUGUCUGGAUAUUCAAUUUUUUACUUGGUAAAUUUUAAAUAUGGCAUUGACAUUUUGAAAGCAAGGAUAUUCAAGUACUUUUAAAAAGAACAUGGAAACUCCUUUAUCUCCGAGAGAAUCUGGAGAAUACAUACACGAAAACAGUAAAGAUGUAUAUAUUAACGAAGAAGGUGUUAAGAGGAUCGCUGAGUUGCUGUAUGCUAAACAAGGCACUGAAGAGCUCAGUGUAAAUGGCUGGAAACAUCAGAAUCCAUUAGCCCCUGCAAAUACUGAUGACAAUUCCAUUAACUGGGUGUAUGUGGUUGACACCCUUAACUUUUCCUUCUGGCCUGAUGAUGACAAUAAGCCCUGUUUAGUAUGUUAUAAGGGCAAAACAUACAGUGGGUAUAUGGCACUGUGUGCAGCUAUUACAAGAGCCUUGGAUGAAGGUAUUCCAAUCACAGAAGCAUCUUACUUUGCAAAUAUGACUCUGGAUGAGUUGAAACACGUCCUGCGCUCAGACAAUGAUGUGCCAAUGCCCAUGAUUGAAGAAAGGCAUCGUGUUCUUAAUGAGAGUGGAAAAAUACUGCUUGAACAUGGAGGCUGCCUGCGAAAGUUUUUGAGCCAAGGUGGCAGAAAAACCCAACAGCUGAUAAAGUUUAUUGUGGACAAUGUGCCAUCUUACAGAGAUGAAGCAUGUUUUGAGGGUAAACGAAUUGCAUUUUACAAGAGAGCUCAGAUCCUUUUGGCAGAUUUCUGGGGAAUAUUAGAAGCCAAAGGAGAGGCUGCCCUUCCUGACAUAAAUUAUCUUACCAUGUUUGCUGAUUACAGAGUUCCUCAAGCACUGGUAUAUUUCGGAGCUCUGCAAUACUCGGAUAAGCUAAUGAAAACCCUCAAGGAAGGUGCGAUUUUGCCUCCUGGAGAUCACAGAGAGUUGGAAAUCAGGGGUUGUUCCAUUUGGUGUGUUGAGAAAAUUCGAGAUUGCUUAUGGGAUAUUAUUGAACAAAAAGAAGGGCAGAGAAGUGAGGACAUAAAUUCAGUCAUUAUUGAUUUUUUCCUUUGGCACUAUGCUAAAAGGCACCAGGAGGAAAUGGCUCAUAUACCAAUCCAUCAUACCAGGACUAUUUAUUAUUAGUAUAAAAGGCAAUAAACCAACCAGUCAACCACAUUGUUAUUUUUGCUUAUAAUGCCGUUUGUAAUAAAUUCUGUAAGAUUUGUAUUCAAUUUUGAUACUUUGGUUAUUUGUACGCAUUACAUACAUCAAUGCAUUGAAAAGUAUUCCAAAUUCGACUGUUAAUACCCGAGUGAUUCAAAUUAUUUGGUCACAUUUUUAUUUUAGGUAUCCAUUAUAAGCAGAUAUUAAGUCAAUAAACAUGUUUUAAUUAUGUUAUUAACAAUGAUAAAUUAUGAUUAAACAGUAUAAGAUUCUUGAAAUAUUACAAUAAUUUUGUGUUUUAUGUCAUAUUAAAAGGUAUAUAAUAUGUGUAAUAACAUAAUAUUUCAGGCUUCUAGCUGUCACCACUUUAAAAGAUUGUUUUCUGAAAAAAUCUAAAGACAUGAUGUAAAGUUAUGCAGCAAGAGAAUGUAUUAUUUACAUGAUUUAUAAAUACUUAUUUUGUAUAGAA